UUCAUUUUAAUAUAAAACAUCUCUGAGUGAGAUCAUUCGACUGGUAAAAGAACGCCGGUCGCUUGCGCUUUUAUAAGAAAUGAAAAAGUGUUCAUUUCACAUUUAUCGCAUGUAAGUUAGUUGCUCCUUCAAGUAUGAGUGAAAUUAAUGAUUUGCCUUGUUGUUUUUGCGAAAGAAGCACGAAGUAUCGGUGUAUAUCGUGUCAAAAAACAUCUUGUAACAUAUGUUCUACCGGUGUUAACAGUACAGUCAAUGGGUACAGCGAAGAGGAAAAACGUGUUGGUAGAUGUCCUGAUUGUUCUGUUGUUAUUAAUAAGCAGCCGAAGAAAAUCCAAAGAAGCAUAUUUUCAGCCUUUGGAAAAAACCCACCAACAUUAGCGAAGCAAUCAGCAACGAAUAUAACUACACCGCAGACCAAAGGCAAAACAAAUCCGAAACAACACAAGCAAACAACAUCAACAAGAACCGUAACACCUGCUACUGUUGAGAAGUGGAAAGCUGAGCUGGCACAACACAGCGUUGCUGAAUGGCUGCUUUAUGAUAUAAAAGAUGGCAAGGUUAAGAACAUGCGCUGUAAAUUUUGUACGACGUAUCAGUCCCAGAUCAAAACAUUGCCAAAUUACAGCAACAUCUUCGUUGUUGGCACCCAAAACUAUAAAAAAAGUGCAGUAGAAGACCAUGCCACGAAGAGUAGACAUCACUUAAAAGCCCAUAGCCUGUAUUUGAAAGCAACAGGAGUUUCCCUGGAUGAACGAGCUACAACGUUAUCUGCGGCCGAUUCUUCCAACGUUGUCGCUGGUUUGGCCAAGAUGGAUGAAAAAGAUAUGCAACGAACGAAAAAGAAAUUUGAAGUGGCGUAUUUUGUUGCUAAAAAUCGCUUACCGUUGACAACAUAUCCGGAGUUAGAGACAUACGUGAAAAACAUAAGGCCCUUAUGUUUUUCACGUAUGUCUCUAACAUAGGAAAAGCUGCGAACUCUUGUAAACAUAGUAAGCAUGUGUUCCAGAAGAUUCAUACUGACUUCUUUACUGACUUGUGGAUCAAUGGUAUAACAGACACUUUUGAAAUUGGAAAGUACAGAACAGUUUUUGAGCAUAUUUU